AUGGGACACAAGGAGCAUGGAGGGACUUGGCACAUGGAAGCAGCUCAACUGGAUACGCAAAGGAAGAAGGGAGAAGCCAUCUUGAAGACCAGCUCGACCGUCCACUCGACCAACCGGUCGAGUUCCUCAACUCGACCGGCCAAGCUUCAACUCGAUCGAGCUGGAAGUCAAAAAAGAGGGUUCAGAGGUCACAGAGGGUACAAGGGGAAUGGAAACCCUUUGGGCAAUGGACUCGGUCGAGCUAGGCAAACUCGACCGAUUGGUCAAGGAGAUGCUCCAAACCGCCACCAACAGAGACAAGGGAUUGUUCCACCACCAGUGCAGAACCACAACUUUGAGAUCAAGCUGGGAAUGAUCAACCUUGUCCAGAACAAGAUGUUCCAUGGAUUGCCAAGUGAAGACCCCAUUGACCACCUUGAUGAGUUUGAUAGGCUUUGUGAUUUGACAAAGAUCAAUGGUGUCUCUGAAGAUGCCAUCAAGCUGAGACUCUUUCCUAUGUCUCUAGCUGACAAAGCUCACCAAUGGGAGAAGAGCUUGCCCCAUGGCACAAUCACCACUUGGGAUGAAUGCAAGAAGGCCUUUCUUGCUAAGUUUUUCUCCACCGGUCGCACAGCCAAGCUUAGAGGAGAGAUAUCCAGCUUCAUCCAGCGAAACAAUGAGACAUUCGCAGAGGCUUGGGAGAGGUAUAGGGAGAUGCUAGACACAGCUAGCAAUGGGAACUUCCUCAACCAGGAUGUAGAUGAUGGCUGGCAACUUGUGGAGAACAUAGCUAACUCAAAUGGAAGCUAUGGAGAAGAGUAUGAUCGCACCAACCGGAGCUCGACCCACCACUCGAUCGAGUCAGACGAAAAGUUGAGAAAAGAUGUUAAGGCAUUGAAUGAGAAGUUGGAUAAGCUGAUCCUAGCUCAGUCCACAAUGAAGAAAGUCAACUUUGUGUCUGCUGAGGAGAUGGAACCAGUCCAAGAAGGGGAGGAUACACAAUUUGCUGAGGACCAAGUAUAUCCUCAACAACAAGCAGCUCGAUCGAGUCAGGUGCCACAACAUGGGUAUGGUCAAAAGAACAAUUACCAAGGACCACAAGGCACUUUCCCUGGACAACAAAUGAAUAUCCCACCAGGCUUCCCCCACCAACCGCCCCAGCCUGCACCUUCACAAGAGAAUGAGCUCAAGGCAAUGCUAAAGCAACUACUUCAAGGGCAAGCUGAUGGGGUAGUGGACACAAGCAAGAAGCUAGCUGAAAUAAACUCUAAGAUCGAGAACCUCAACACAAGGGUUUACUCUCUGGAGAAUCAUGCUUCUUCUGUUGCUGCUGCUACAAAGCAAGGACAACUACCUGGUAAAGCUAUUCAGAACCCCAAGGAACAGUGCAAGGUCAUCUUCACUCAAGAAGGACUUGUUGAAGAAGAGGAUCAAGAAAGGGUCAUUGAAGAUUUUUGUUUACUGCUGAAUGAUGAAGAGAUUGUUGCUGCUGAGGCUCCUGGAGUCCAGAUUGAUCAACCAGAAGUGCAUGCACCUACUGUGGCCAUUCACACUUCACCAGUUGAGCUCGCACGACAAGCUCGAUCGGCAGCUCGAUCGAGUCCAACUCUAGCUCGAUCGAGUCCGACCUCUUCUGUCCGACAGCCUGUUUUGCUUGAUCCUUACAACCGGUUGCCGCUUCCUCGUCUCGCCUACUUAGUCAAGGUCACAAGGAAGUGA